AUGUCGGACGAGGUAGCAAAGGCGCAGGCAGCCGAUGCCGCCGCAAACGAUACUAUUUUCGGGAAAAUUCUUCGAAAGGAAAUCCCCACCAAGUUUAUCUACGAAGACGACAAGUGCGUUGCAUUUAACGAUGUGUGCCCGCAAGCACCGGUGCACUUCCUCGUAAUUCCGCGGAAACCCAUUUCGCAACUUUCCAAGGCAUCGGAAGAAGAUGAAGCACUGCUCGGACAUCUGAUGUUGGUCGGCAAGAAGGUGGCAGUGGAACAAGGAUUGGAAGAGGGUUACCGUGUCGUUAUCAAUGACGGUAAGAACGGUGCUCAGUCCGUUUAUCAUCUUCACCUGCAUUUCCUCGGCGGACGUCAGAUGCAGUGGCCUCCUGGGUAA